AUGUUCCGUUUCACUCAGCUCCUUAGCGCCGCUCUAGCGAUUGCUAUCGCCACCAACGUCAUCAGCGCUCUUCCUAGCCCUGCCUCCUCUGCGGCCACCAUCGAGUCGAGACAGGCGCUUCAAGAGUGCCAACCCGUGCACGCUAGCUUCAACUGCGACGAAGCAGUCGCCCUUCCCUCCGAGCGUGGCCUUGAUUUCGAGGCCCCAGCACUUGCCAAACGAGCUAGUGUCUGCAACGGCGAUGCAUCGCUGUGCAGUCGUCUUUACUCGAAUGUCACUUAUAUCGGUGCUCACAACAGCUAUGCCCUUGGUACCCUUCAGAGUGCCUCGAGCGGUAAAAACCAAGAGCAGUCCGUCACUCAGCAGCUCAACGAUGGAAUUCGCUUGCUUCAGGUACAGGCACACAAGAGCACCAACUCGACUUCGGCCUCUGCUAUCGAUCUCUGCCAUUCUUCCUGUCAACUCGAAAACGGCGGCACGCUCGAAAGCUACCUCACAGAAGUCAAGUCCUGGGUCGACUCGAACCCUAAUGAUGUCAUCACCAUCCUCAUCGUUAACUCGGACGACCAGCCUGCUUCCUCCUUCGCAACUGCAUUCGAGUCCACCGGCCUUUCUUCCAAGGCAUUCGCGCCCAGCCCAGGCGCUGCGGCGCUGGCCAAAAAUGCCUGGCCUUCGCUUGGUUCCAUGAUCGAUGCUGGCAAGACCGUUGUCACCUUUAUCGACAACUCUGCCGAUGUCUCCUCGGUGCCUUACAUUCUCUCUCACUUCCAGAACACCUGGGAGAACCCGUACAACCAGAUCUCGGUUCCCUUCAACUGCACCGUUGACAGGAUCAACUCUGGAAGCUCUCCAACCAACAUGAUGUACUUGGUCAACCACUACCUUGACUCGACCUUCAAUCUCUUUGGUACCAACGUCUUCGUCCCUAACACGGCUCAGAUCGCCACUACCAACGGCUACAACUCGAUCAUGACCGACGCCGACAACUGUGCCAGCAUGCAUGGAAGCAGCUACCCAACCUACCUGCUUACCGACUUUUACGACCAGGGUAACGGAAGCGUCUUCCAGGCUGCCGCUGCUAUGAACCGUGUUGCCUACGUGGCCAAGCCAAUCGGAAAUGCUACCAAGUCUUCCUCCUCCUCGUCCAGCAGCUCGUCGGGAUCGAGCUCGGGUGCGUUGUCGAGCAAGAUCUCGCUAUCAAAUGUUGCUGCGGUUGUCGCUAGUCUGGCGCUCGCCUCUUCGCUCCUUUGA